CAGUACACGUGACCUCAGUACAUGUGACCUCAGCACAUGUGACCUCAGUACAUGUGACCUCAGUACUCAGUCACAUCACAUCUCCACUGCAGCGUCCUGCAGCUCACGCUUCAGUGACAUCAUCCUCCUCCUCCCAGGGUCCACACACACACACACACACACACAAACAGACACCGACACACACACGCACACACACAGACACCGACACACACACGCACACACAGACACACACACACACUCAGCUCGACUGUAUUGAAAGAAGAGCGUCAGUCUGAAGCUUCUCAGAUGAAGGAAAGUCCCUCAGAGACUUGAUCCAAUGUUCAUUAGCUGAUAGUUAAUUAAGGACUUGAUUGAAAUAACUAGUUUUUUACAGACAGAUUACUACAGAGAUGUACUCGCAGUACUGGGAUGCUCACAGACCAGACUACAGGAGAUACGCGGUGGUGGAGGGCCGGACUCUGGUCCCUUUGGACUCACCGCUCACCAGGAAGCGUCUUCGCUCUGCAGGCGAGGAGGAGGAUGCAAGAGGUUGUGGGACAAGGCCAAACCCCAAAGGGUCGCAGUCCGCCGGUGAGCUGAGCCACUCCCAAGAGGAGGAGGAGCCGGAGGAGGAGCUAUGUAGACUCUGUCAGCGCUGCCAUAUUGUGGCCUCACAGCUCAACCGCCAAGCUGCUGCUCUGAAGGACCUUUCCUAUGCCUCCUUGUUCCUCGAAAAGCUCCAGCGUCCUCGCCUUGGACGCCAUGUUCCAGUAGACAGCUGCUGUGACGUUUGUGGUGCCUCCUUCCACCAGCUGACGCGCGUAGCUUCAGGGGGCGGGGCUCGGUGGGGCGGAGUCCGCAGCACCUACCUGGGAGGGGGCGGUGCCAAAGGGUUUGCCACCGUGACACCACCCUUUCCCCUGAGCGCUCAGUGCCAUCUGGAGGGCGUGUGGAGCGUCUCCUGCUGCUCACCUGAGCUUCAGGGUCGGACUACAGACGGAAGUCAUGUGACUCACAGCGUCUCCACCCAGACCAGCCAACAGGCCUCAACCUUCUUCUCCAGGGCGGCUCAGAAGCUCAGUCUCUCCCGCAGGAGGAAGUCCCCCUCAGGCUCCGACCCCCCUGCAGGCGCGGAGCGGGAGCCCCUCCUCUACAAUGGGGGCUUUAGCAGGGCCCUGCAGGUCUCCCCACCCCCCGUCCCACCAUGUCUCCUCCGGGCCCGGUCAAAGGUCAAGGACACACCGGGGAUGGGGAAGGUAAGAUGUGCCGAUGUUACCCAGAAUGCACCGCAGGAGAUGCAGAUCAGACUUUGGGGCACCGCCUAA